GCCGCAGCCAUCUUGGAUCAGCGCCGCUCCACACCGAGCAGCAGGAGAGGACGGACGACGUUAACGGUGGAGCCAGUUAGCUAACGUUAGCUGCUCGGCCAGAUUAACGGCAUUCUGUUUCGCUGCGCGGUGCGACUAUGCUUCACAUACGUUGUUUUUCUUCGUUAGUUUCAGUUUUGAAUGCAUAGAAAAUGGGUAUAAAUUGUGUAAAGCGUUUAACGUUAUAAUCCCGGAGAGGGCGGCGGCGACGGUGGUGCAUAUCCUCGGUAUAUGUUUUAAAUUUCUGGAUAGAGGAGUUACUAUGAAUGGAGGAUAAAUGUUGCCAAAGGCUGACAGCAGCAGUUUCGUCCUCUUCUCUCUUCUCUUCGUCCUCACGUUAACGGACCCACCACGGACAGGUCCGCGGCUAGCUCUGGCAAGAUUAUUGUCAGAGCAGCGCUGCAGCCCUGGGCAGUUUGCCUGCCGCAGUGGGAAGAUGCAAUGUAUCCCAAUGUCCUGGCAGUGUGACGGCUGGACAGCAUGUGAGGACAAGAGUGACGAGAUGGACUGUCCCCCUAUGAAGGAGGAGAGGUUUCGUUUUGGCAACGGAUAUGACCAGGUAGAAGACGUCAUUGGUGUGGCUCAGCCUGUGCGCUUCAACAAGAAAUGCCCCAGCGGGUGGCACCACUACGAGAAGACGGCCAGCUGUUACAAAGUCUACCUGAGGAACGAGAACUACUGGCAGGCUGUGGAUACUUGUCAGAAAGUCAACGGCUCAUUGGCUACGUUUGUGACCAAUGAAGAGCUGCAGUUCAUACUGAAGAUCGAGGUGGAUUUCGACGACAAAGUCUGUGAGCGCAGAGACCAGUGCAAGUUUUGGGUUGGCUACCAGUAUGUGAUCACCAAUCAGAACCACUCUCUGGAGGGCCGCUGGGAGGUAGCAUACAAAGGGUCGAUGCAGGUGUUUCUGCCCCCCGAGGGUCUGACCAAUUUUGGGGAGGCGUCUCCCACUCAGGACAACGUCUUCUGUGCCCAGCUGCAGCGCUUUCAGAUCAAAAGCAUGAAUGAACGAGGCCUGCACAGUUGGCACGCUGAGAACUGCUACAAGAAGUUCCCCUUUCUCUGCAAGAGGAGGCAAACAUGCGUGGAUAUAAAAGACAAUGUUGUAAACGAGGGCUACUACUUCACGCCAAAGGGGGACGAUCCAUGUCUGAGCUGCACGUGUCAUGACGGCGAGCCCGAGAUGUGCGUGGCUGCGCUGUGUGAGCGGCCGCAGGGCUGUCAGCACUUCCGCAAGGAUCCCAAAGAGUGCUGCAAGUUCACCUGCCUGGAUCCAGAUGGAAACAGCCUGUUUGACUCCAUGGCCAGCGGGAUGAGACUGAUCGUCAGCUGUAUCUCAUCCUUCCUCAUCCUCUCUCUGCUGCUCUUCAUGGUGCACAGGCUCCGUCAGCGGAGACGUGAACGCAUCGAAACACUGAUCGGAGGAAACUUGCAUCACUUUAACCUUGGAAGACGAGUCCCAGGCUUUGAUUACGGCCCAGAUGCCUUUGGCACCGGCCUCACUCCCCUGCAUCUGUCUGAUGAUGGAGAGGGAGGUGCUUUUCAUUUCCAAGAGCCACCUCCACCGUACGCAGCCUACAAAUACCCAGACAUCCAGCACCCUGAUGACCCCCCUCCUCCGUAUGAGGCCUCCAUCAACCCAGACAGCCUCCUCUACGUGGACCUCGGACACAGUGGGGUUUCCAUGGUGCCGAGCCAGAUGAACGCCAUAGGAGACGGACUCCAGGCCGAUAUUCCCAACGCUUCUGGUCCCAUGCCAGGCUCGGCACCGUCCUCCCAGGAGAGGGAGGACUCCAUAGAUAGCAGCACCCUCCUGGUGGGGCCAGACACCCCGACAGAUGGCCACGCCCCCGCUUCCAUGCCUGCAGACUGCGCCUCCCUCAGCACUGUGGUAUAGGACUGUGGACGGAUGGCAGGGAGCUGCACCCGGACAUUACCUGCUGGUGGAGGAAGGUCAUGAGUGCGUUCUGCACCGGGAGAGGACGGAGGACACCGUUGUGUCAUUUAUCUAAAGUGCUGACUGCAGAGAAAUGAGUUAAAGUUUGUACAGACAUAUCAGAAGGUGGAACAGAGGUGUUACUUUGAUGAACGGAUGCCCUCUUUCUGAAGACUGUGCAGUUGGACUGAGUGCGUUUUUUUUUUUUUUCUUUUUUUUUUUUCUUAUUGAGACACUAGCAUCUGAGGGAACAGAGAGGACUGUUUCUGUACAGAAAAGAAAAACACUACAUUCAGGCUGAGGAAGCUGCACUUUUUUGGCGUCAGCUGAGCGAAGCUUUUGAAACAUCUCAGAGUUGGCCCGAUUGGUCGAGAAGCCCUGAUGUAAAUACCCCCUCAGGUCUGUGCCAGUCGAAUUUGUAAUACUUGUGUGUCUCGGUCCAGCACAAGGCCAAUAAUGACAGACGGACUGUGAAGCCAGCUUUUUGUUCCUUGUGCGUUUCUUGUUUGCGUCAUACCGUCGUUUAAACGGACACAUCUGUUGAUCUGUCAUUCUCCAGGCUACAGAUAAUGAUCUCAUCAGCUCUGUCUGUCGCGGCAUGUCCCAGAUCUCGAUUUCUACUUGCUCAUAAAAACCUUCUGUCCCCUCACUUUCUUAUUAGUCUGAUACAUGAAGCUGUCUUCCAGGUUUAUAGCGCAUAUUUGCAGCGAAAGAUGUUUUGUAGUUAAGAGGUUUAACCUUGCAAGAAGGUACGAUUAGUUUCCUCCUAUAGGGUUUUUAUUAGAUAAUGCUGACACAAGGCAUUAUGUAUCAACGAAUGUUGUGGUACUGAUAAAUGCAGAGUUUGGUAUUGUGUUCUUUUUGAUGAUAACUUAUGACUGCAGGCUGUAAUCCUGAUUGUUUCAACUGAUCAGCGAGGGAAAGCAGUGAAGCUUUUUGAAGUGUAUGUGUGAAGAACAGGGAUGAUACCCCGUCAUUAAAUCUGGAAAAAAUACGCUUAUUUAAAAUAACCGUUCUAAUCAUGCAGAGGGUCCCAGUGUUGUUACUUUGUCAUCAGCUCUUCACAGGCUAGUUGUGUAUUUGCUAACUGAACCAUAUUUAGUGACUCAGAGCUCAAUAUUUUGCACGCUCAUCCCUCGAUAAAAUCAGUUUUUUUUUUCCUUCUUUUUCUUUUUUUUUGGAAAGUUAUUUGUUAGUCGUCACAUUUGGAUGCUGCCCCUCCAUUCCUGAUUUGUUUGUAUGUGCGAUUCAUCACGCGGUGCAUCUGUUGUCUCAGUUCUGAGGUCGUUUUCAGCUCCCGAUGAAGAGGAUGCCACUGCCUGUAGAUGUGAAUCUUUUCUGUUUUGGUAUUGAUGGGUCUGUUAUUGUUCUUGUUUCUCAGUGGGAUCGCAGUAAAAAAAAAAAAAAAGAAAGAAAGAAAGAAAAUUGUGAUAAAAGAGAAG